AUGUGGAGAAGGCUCUCUGUCCACCUCCGAACUCUUGGUCCUAUCCGUUCCACGCCCAAGCCCAAUCGAUUUCACACUCGAAAUGUUUCAUCCCUUGCUCCGGCACCGUUCAAUGGCUCGCUCCCCAAUGAUCGCCAAAUCAGUACUGCAUCUGGGAAUGCGACUUCACUGAAAAGAGUGGAGAAUAUAAUGCCGAUUGCAACUGGUCAUGAGCGUGAAGAGCUCCAAGCUGAACUCGAAGGAAAAAACAUUCUGGAAAUUAACUAUCCCUCUGGACCCUUUGGAACAAAGGGAACACCUUCUGUGAUCAAGUCUUUCUAUGAUAAAAGAAUCGUGGGAUGCCCUGGAGCUGAAGGCGAGGAUGAACACGACGUUGUUUGGUUUUGGCUAGAGAAGGGCAAGCCACAUGAAUGCCCAGUAUGUUCACAGUACUUUGUGUUGGAAGUAGUUGGCCCGGGUGGACCCCCUGAUGGACAUGGUGAAGAUGAGGAUCAUCAUCACUGA